GGUGUAUUCAAUAUACUGUCUGAGGAACUGGGAGCUUAUUCCAACGCGUCUUUCUUGAGAGCGUUUUGGCGUUUGCUGUGCGCUUGGAGCCUUCUUUCAGCCUGUGUACAACGUCUCCCCUACAUCGAUCCGAUCUUCACUAUCACAAAGCUUGAUUCAUGCGGCUUUGCUCGUCUGGCAACCACCCGGCAAUCAUAAAAAGCCGUAUAGCUUUAUUUUGCUCAUGACGGCAGGCAGUCAGCAUAUCUAACUCGGUGAUAAUGGACCCGCCAUCCGCCUCACCGGCGUAUUCUUCUAACCACAAGCAUUCACCAACGCCGCUCCACGGUAGAGAUCACAUCGCUGAUGCAGACUCAACUCACGCUCGAAAGCGACCGCGUUUGAGCCACGAGCUCGACACUCCGCCAGCUACCAGCGGCCACUCUGACAACCUGUCCGACUCUCAAAGCAUCUCACCCGAGAGCCCAAUCAUCAUUGGAAUUCCCCAAGACGAAUCGACAGAUCCAUCUGAAAUCUCCAUCAUCAUGCCGGCAGAAGAGCAAGGCGAGAAUCGUCACAUCGGCAGCUUCCCUUUCAUCAGACCUCAUGUCGACUGGGAUACCCCUCACCGUGCGGCCAACAAAAUGAUGGAUCUCUUGUGGAAGAAGGGCACACCUCCAUCUCUGCAGGUCGUAGAAAAUCUUGUCAUAUGGGUCACCAACCAUCUGAACGACACGAAAGCCGACUUCGAAGCCGCCCUUCGAGAUGAUCACAGCUCCGCCGAGGUCUUUGAGUUGUACUCGGAUGAUAGUGGCUUUUGGAUCAACGUCGUGGCCUGCUUUGCGGGACUGCACAGACACACCUCUUUAAGUACCGGCUACGACUCUCUUCGCAGUAGUGAUGCAUACGGCGUAUUCGAGAACAUUCUUAACGUUCUUCUUGGACUGGGAGAGAGGCUCCUGUAUACCGACUUGGCUGUCUUGGUACAGCGUGAAGCUCGUCGCGACUCGACCAGCUCCCCCAGCUCGACCACUUCGCCAAAGCACGAGCUGCUAUUUCAUUACUGGGCAGAUGCCUUCACAAUGCUUGCCGUACGUUCCAAGACCUUUCUCGAACCAAUGUCUUCCACGUAUCACUUCAACACCAAGGCUGUCCAGAGAACAGCCAUUUCGAACUUCCAAGGCCGACCUAUGGACGCUGUCAUCAAGCUUCUCGGACACAUCGUCUCAAAGCCGGAUAAUAUCCAGUCACCGUUCAGUACGGCCAGUCACUACGUAGCCCUCUGCCGAGGUGUGUUUUGCGUAGAUCCACGCAACUCCGAUGGCCAGCUGGAAACCUUCUUCAGAAAGUCGUGUCACUUGUUCAAGAUGAUCCACAUAAUGGCAACCGAAAUGCUUCCCAAGCAGCACCUCGACGACCAGUCGCAGGCCGUCGUUGAUAACUUCCGACUGUUCUUGAUCGACGCUCUGAAGACUCUGUCUCGUACAAAGCACCUCCUGCCCGAAGACAUCCAUCUCCUUACGCUCAAGGACAUUGCAGAAUACCAGAUAAACGGCGACGAGUUGCUCAAGGCCCCCAGUACCGAAACACUUUCCACUAUCGGACUUAUGGAAGCCGUUGACAGUCUUGGGUCCUCGUUGAUGAAGGAAGGCGUACUCCAAGCUGGUAUUCACGCCUGUAAUCUGGAGUUCUUCAAUGCUCUUAUCCGCAGCAGCAGCGUAGAUCUGCGAAACAGAGGCGUGGACAAACUUGGAAUCGAACUCAUAUCUAUAUUCACGAACGAAGAUGCAGUGGGUACCUGUCUCGAUCGACUGUUGAGGGAUUUCGCAAUCAGGUUCCUCCCGGCCAAGGACAUUGUGGCUUAUCUCUAUGGACCUCAGACCCAUGCAACUCUCAUUGCUAGAACCCAUCCAAUUGUUCAGAUUCUGGGCGAGACAAGCAAUUUGACCAAGCGCGAUGCCGAUACCAUCUGGACUGUCGCUACCAAUCUCCAACAACCGGACAACGCUCAGAACGCUGGUCAAGUCCUUCUCAACCUUGUGAAGCGCAUACCACCCUUCACGCUGAGGUACUUUUGCGAGAAAUUCAGAGACAUGCCUCUCUCGCAGUAUACCAAAGAUGCAGACAUUCUCCUACACAAUCUGACCAUGGAAUUACUUCACAAGUCGCCUGGCAGUGAGUGUCAUGCCAUUGUCACUUGUGUCCGCUUGUUGGGCAAGCUCGAGAAUUCCGAAAUAACAACUGGAAAGCAAAACACUUUGUUGAUUUCUAUUAGAAAUUUGUUGAUGGCCAUCCAUUCUCCAAACGCAAAAUCUGAGACCAUUGCUCUUAUCGAGCUUUGCGCAGGUCACAUCACAUCGCUGUCCAGCAAGGCCACUGGCUAUGUCUCGGCAAUGUCGUGCAUCAUGCGCCAAAAGAACUUCGCUAUUUCGCCACAGGACACUCUUUCUCAUGUGUCAUUCAAACAGUGUGCCGAUGAGCUGCUUCAUUACUUCAAGAAGGCCAAGAAUGAGAUGUAUGCGCUCGCGCCACAAGCACUAGUUUGUCGUCUGGACCUCGUUUUCGACCUUCUCUCGAUAUCGAGUCCCUACCUCGACACCACAGCCACGGAGAAAGAGAUCUGGGAUUAUACCGUAGGUGAACAUGCAUUCGAUCCAGUGUUCAGGGAGAUUGCCUGGAACAUGCUCGUUGCCCGCUUCCAAACGAAUCAGCCAGGACUCGAAGCCUUCUAUCAACGGUGUAUCAAUCAGUAUCUUCCUGAUCUUUCGCCCCAGUUCGUCACGAUUGGCACUGCUAGAAUCUUUGCUUUACAGUGUGCACGUCAAGAGCAUAAUGAGACUGCACUGCUACCGCUCGGCGAGCAAUUGAUUCGAUUCGCACUAUCAGUUCCAACAGAUAGUGUUGCUAACCAGUUUGGAUCAUUGCUCUUCACAAGUCUUUUUAAGGGCAAGGCUUUAAGAUAUCCAGACUUGGCUAUCAAGAACCAGGUUUCUGUAGUCAAGGAAUGCAUCUCUCGAAUGGUCCAGCAAGACGACAACACGAGAGCUCCACAAAUGUUGCUGAUGAUCCUGAGCCGAUCAAUCGAGUUCGAAAAAGCCUUGAGACAGUCGCAAAAGAGUGUUAUCGCCAGUGACACAACUGUCGAAUCAGGACUCCCCGACGACAGCAUUCAAAUCCCCAUCCGUGUUCACAAAGGCGGUGCGCAAUCCCAAAGUAAGAUGGUGACUAUCAACAAGACAGCCAAUUGCUCCGAGUUGGACGCUGCCAUCGUCUCGGAGACUGGGUUUGAGAGUUACACGGUUGUAUCAGCAGGGCACAAGAUUGAUUUCACUGAGGAGCCAGAGCAACCCAUCGCACAUUUGGGGGUACAAGAAGGCCAGGUCCUUGUCGUGCAGAGACGCAGUACCUUCCAAAGCAUCCAGGACGACAUUGACAACACUGUGGGAAGAUCAGACGUUGAAAGGGAAGUUCUGGCUCACUUGGACGUCUUGUACAGCAUGCUUGAUGAGGCGAAUGGCAAAGCACAUUCGGUCUUGCAGAGUCUCGCGCUUCUCAAGUUUCCCGGUCCCAUCAGAGCUAUGAUUUCCUCUACCGAUACACCUUUCGAUCAGAUUUUCCCCUCGGGCAGGUCAUUGCGAUUGCGAACGUCAAUCGAGGUGCUCAAUGUCCAAUUGCGAGAACAAGUCUCACUGGGCGUCGCUGACGAGAAGUUUCUGAUUCGAGGAGUCCAUCUAUUGGUUGCUCUGUUGUAUCGUCCCGACCUUCUACAAGACGCUGGUGAUAUCUUGAAGACCGCGGACACCUUGCUGGCGUUGUUGAGAGAGCGGCCCGUCAAUAAUGUGGCGGAAGAAUAUUUCGAAGAUGCUACCAGGUUUACGGAUGUCAUUCUCGGUAUCAUGUCAAACCUCCAACACAGGAUCGCGGCUAGUGGCAUGAUGUCUGCAGCGAUACGGGCACUGUAUCAAUGCUUGGUGGAAGGGGUCUUACUGAGUGCCCACGUACGUUCUGCUUUCUUUGCGUCCCAGACCAACAAGGAGGUCCAUUCGCGCCUGCUUCUCACCAAUGACGACCAUCUCCGAGCUACGAUUCCUAGCAUCAUCGUAAACGCUGUGCGAGACGAGAAGAUGGCCUCUGAAACCAAGGCAUUCUUUUUCAGGUUGUUUAUCGAUCACCUCAUACCUGCGGCCAUGCAUGAACCAGUUCUCUGCGAUAGCACAUUUCUUGUGGCGCUCGAAAUAUUGUCUGCCGAUCAAAGCCUAAUCAGUGACGAGAUGUACUUGAGAUCCCUGAUCGAUAAGUUCUCUACAAACCUGCUCGAUCUAGAACACCUUGAACAUUACGGAAACCGUUUCAUUGACCAGAGGGUCCAGGGUUUGACUUUAUUGCUCCAAUGCUGCAUUCAGAACAUCAUAUCUUUCGAAAAGCCACUGAACCUCAGUGACCUCGCACCGCGUCUUCUCAGAAAGCUGCUCUUUCCGGUCUCUAACGUGGAUUCAGUGGCGAGGCCUGUCAUCGCACUCAACACACGCGACAAUAUAUACGAACUUCUUCGACUCAUGUGCGACGAUGUCCAGACAGUGGAAGCUCUGGCUGCUGAAUGUGACCGUGUCCUCAGUGAUGCUGACGAGGAUGAUGAGUUCAACUUUCUGGGCCCUGAAAAGUUCGUUCGUCAGGAAGGAAGCUAUGCAGGUCUGGAAAAUUUGGCCCAGACUUGCUAUCUCAAUUCUCUGAUCCAACAGCUCUUUAUGAACAUUCAAUUCCGAAAGUUCAUCUUCGACACUCCUGUUGCUGAUGAUCGGAAGCAAGCUGUGCUCGCUGAGUUUAAGUUGGCUUUUGCCAGGAUGCAGAACAGCCACGAUGUUUCUUAUCGACCCGAGGCGCUGGUCAAAGCCUUGAAUGUUGAUCAUACCAUGCAGGAUGAUGCGCAUAUCUUCUUCAUGACUCUCGUCGGGCAGCUCGAGGAUAGUAUGCCUGAUGAUGAGGCAAAGAAUGCACUGAAAAAAUUCUUCCGCGGUGUCAACAAAUCACAGACCAUUGGCAGCUGCAAGCAUGUCUCCGAGAGUACCGACGAGUAUUUCAACCUGUCUUUGGUCGUCAAGGACAAAGCAUCACUUGAAGAGAGCUUGGAAGAAUACACCAAGGGAGCUGCACUCGAGGGAAGUGACAAGUUCAGGUGCACCACUUGUGGCUCUGGUGAAGGCGUCUCAGUCGAUGCAGUCCAGAGAACUGCCCUGGAACACAUCCCCGACAACUUGGUCCUAGGACUGAGACGGUUCAGAUACGAAACGUAUGACGGAGGCUCGAAAGUCAACGAUCGGUUUGAUUUUCCCGAGCGUAUUGACAUGAGCAAGUACAAGCUUAAUCGUCUAGCAGGCGUUGACGGACCAAGCGAACCAGAUGUUUUCCAACUCGUCGGUGUGGUGGUUCAUCAAGGUACUCUUCAAUUCGGUCAUUACUGGUCGUAUGCUGCUGAGCGUGGAGCCACCUCCGGAUCUCUGCCUUGGUACAGACUUGAGGACAGUGUGGUCACUUCCUCAAGCAUCGAAGAUGUCCUGCGUGAGACUCGCGGCGGGCCUGUCUCGCCCUCAAUGACGCCUCUGGUACGCGAUCGAUCUCCAGUCCUUCGGUCAGACAAUGCAUAUGUGUUGUUUUACCAGCGCGCUUCCUCCGUUAUUGAAGCUGCACAAUGUGUGGCUUCAGGUAUACCAAUGCCUCCCUGCACGACACAAGCCAAGGCUCAUUUGCCUCAAGAUCUAGAGGCAUCAAUCGCCAAAGAGAAUGAGCGGACGAUCUACCUCCUCCAUCUCUUUUCUUCCAGCCAUGUCAAUUUUGUCCGCGACUUGCCCGGUAGACUUGAGAUGAUCAAGGGAGCAGAGCCUUCCGAACGGAAAGGAAUUGCAGGCAAGAUCAUGACAACACUCUUCGAGUAUUACACUCGUGUCGUUGCAUGUUCUUUCUCUCAAGAUUCCAUCGAUUAUACGUCUCUGGUUCUUCAAAAGCUUGCAUGCUCAGACCAAAACUUUGCAGGAUGGAUUCUGGACCAGUUGCUCCCCGAGACCACCCCCGAGACCAACCCCGAGACCACUACUACCAGAGUCACCAGAAGGAGCCUCAUCCUGCACAGGAAGCAGAUGGUUCGCAGCGUCACAAACCGCUUGGUCUUGGCUUGCCUGAAGUUCCUUCGCAACAAUUAUCCCAUCUACUACGGCAUAGAGGAAGGCUAUUCAAAGGACAGCAGGAUGCGGAGCUACGUCUGCGGACUGGUGGGUCUCAGUGAGACGCUUCUAGACUGCCGAAUCGCUGUCUGGAAAGAAUACUUUGAGCUCCUAGGCCAGGUUGCAGAACUUGGGUUCAACGAAACCUACAUCAUGCUUGACCAGGACUUGCUCAUAUGGUGCCUCGAGAUUUUGCACAUCAACGAAGACACAGUUCUGCACAAGAAACACUCAAGCAUCGCGUACUACUUUGCCAACAGCGCUAGGUCAGUAGAUUUUGCGUCAAUUGUCGGCUGUGUUUACAGCUUGCUGCACAAAUAUGUCGACCUACGUGGAGGAAUUGCACUGAACAACGACGGAGAUGCACGAUGCUACAACCCUGGAGUGCUGUUGUUGAAUGCUGACGAGUAUGAUCGUCUCCGCUUUCGGUCUCAAACAAGAAACAAUUGGUUGGUAGAGAAUAUCAUUCAAGGACUGAGACGUUCCGGCAACAGUCAUUGGACUGACUGGCUUCCAAACAAGCUGACCGUAUUGCUGACCAAUGCCGCAAAAGCCCCGCCUGAUAUUUAUGAAGAUGCUACCAGAGCUCUUUUGACCUCUCUGUCAUGCGCCACGGCGUUUGACCAAGUUGCAGAGUCUGCUACCCUGUGUCUAGUCGGACGCACCAUGAAGUUGCAGACUGAAGAAGAAAUCCUUGUGGAGCUGGAGAGGAUUGUGCAACAUAACUUCUUGCGCGCACAUGGCGAUGAAGCGGUAUCUUCGGUGAAAUUCGUUCUUACUGAAGUAUACGCACUUCAGCCGAUGCUGAUACUCCGGCACAUGGCUGUAUUGACAGGCUGUCUAUUGGUAUGCGACAACGCCCAGGUUGAGGAGCAGGUUAGAAACUGGCUGCGGCUUCAUGUGUUUGUCCAGGAUGUGCUUUCAAAGCCCUACACCCUUGGAGACGUCAGUUAUCUCAUCCUCAAGGUGCGAGCGAUUAAGAGUCUGCUCGGUAUUCUUGGCGAAGAAAUGCAGGCCGCUAUUGCUAAGGGACAAGCGUACCAUGCUUUCAAGUACUCCCGCGAAGCAUACCACGACUCUACCACCUACUUGAAACAGAUGGCAGUCAAACUCGAAGCCGAACUGGAGACUUGGCUGAACAGCGCUGCACCUGACUCUGAGCACACCGAACUCGAGACGGCACUGCAAGAGUUGCUUGACGAAGUCGGUAGUAUCGAUGCCCUCGUGGAGCGCCACGAGGCUUGCCGUACUGGAAUCGAUGAAUGGAAGCACGAGCGUGACUACGAAUACACGAGCAACGAACUCGUCGAUGACUCAGAUAACGACCAAGCCAUGGCAUCUGAUGGAUCUCUGAGCGAUCUCAACGAAGACGACUUUGAAGACGUGACCUGAUGCAAUGCACGCACCACGACAAGUGGAACAUUCGACCACUGAGAGAAGGGAUGUUUUCUUUUUUUCUUUCUGUUUUUCAUUCUAGGGAGUUCGGAAUUGCUUUGAGGGGGGUUUGCUGCAUAGCGAGGAGACAAAACAAAGGGGAAAUCUCGGGAGCAUGUUCAACGGCGUUUCUCGGUUCUCAAUAACGACACUCUGCUGCGAAGACAGCAAUGCAUACCGAAAAGGAGUUCUGGUACAUGGGAAUGACAGGGUUUCGAUGAGAAUAUUAGCUAGGUGUAGUUUUAGAUGGAGAUUUUUAUGCUCGUGCAAUUCAUGGG